CAAUUUUUUUUUUUUUUUAGUUUUAUCUUUCAGAUGUAAUUAUUCUUAUAGUAAUGAAAUCGGCUAUUCUCUUAAUUUAACCAAAAAUAAAUAAAAAAGACUUUUGCGAAUGAUGCCAAUAGAUAAGUCGACGCUACCCCAUGACUGAUGAUGGCGGGGAGUCCACUUAAUGCUUUCAACACUCCACAUCGCAGAAAAGAGAGAAAAGAAGAGAAUUGGAGGAAGAGGAACAAGGAUUUCGUAUUCUCUCUUUGAGGCAAGAGAUGUUUCAGUUCCUAGUUUGGAUUUUGAUGGCUUUUUGGGCUGUAAUGGGUAGCGGAAUCGGCGUAGGUGGUCAGCCACAAGACCAUUUGGUGGCAGGACUUCCAGGGCAGCCAAAGGUUGAUUUCAAGCAGUUCGCAGGGUACGUGGAUGUCGAUGAGAAGGCAGGGAAGAGUCUCUUCUACUACUUCGUAGAAUCACAGGAGGAUUCAGAUAAGAAGCCUCUGACCCUUUGGCUUAAUGGAGGCCCUGGAUGCUCUUCAAUUGGAGGAGGUGCAUUCACUGAACUGGGACCAUUCUUCCCUAGAGGGGAUGGCCGAGGCCUCCGAUUAAAUAAGCAUUCUUGGAAUAAAGUUUCAAACCUUCUGUUUGUUGAAUCACCUGCUGGAGUUGGAUGGUCAUACUCAAACAGAACUUCAGAUUACACUUGUGGUGAUAAAUCUACAACUAGUGAUAUGCAUAUAUUCUUAAUACGGUGGUUUGAGAAGUUCCCUGACUUCAAAACUCGAGACUUUUUUCUUACUGGAGAAAGCUAUGCAGGUCUAUUCUCCUUAUAUAAUUACAUGAAUUCUCCUCAGAAAAGUUUCUUACUAAAAAUAUUAAGUGUGGCCACAGGGCACUACAUACCAGAACUAGCAGUUGCUCUACUGAACCAUAACAAACGUUCAACUAAUUUCAAGUUCAAUAUUAAAGGGGUUGCUAUUGGGAAUCCACUUCUCAAGCUUGACAGGGAUAUUCCUGCUUCUUAUGAGUAUUUUUGGUCUCAUGGAAUGAUUUCUGAUGAGAUAGGCGAUAGGAUAAUGAACAAUUGUGAUUUUGAGGAUUAUACGUUUACCGAAUCUCACAAUGUUAGCAAUUUAUGCAAUGAUGCAAUUGCAGAAGCAUAUCAGGUGGUAGGAAAUUACAUAAACCAAUAUGAUGUGAUCCUUGAUCUGUGCUAUCCAUCUAUUGUAAAACAGGAACUGAGGCUGAAAAAAACCGUUUCUAAGUUUAGUAUUGGGGUUGAUGUGUGCAUGACAAUGGAAAGGGACUAUUACUUCAAUCUACCAGAGGUACAGCAUGCCCUUCAUGCCAACAGAACUAGUUUGCCUUAUAACUGGAGCACUUGCAGCGAUAUCCUAAAUUACAACCUAAAUGAUGCGAGUAUCAACAUACUUCCAUUGCUCAAAAGAAUUAUUAGACAUCGAAUACCAGUUUGGGUUUUCAGUGGAGAUCAAGACUCUGUGGCGCCGUUCUUGGGCACUAGAGCACUUAUGCGGGAGCUAGCACAUGAUAUGAGACUUGGUGUUAGCGUUCCUUAUACUGCUUGGUUCUACAAAGGCCAGGUCGGUGGAUGGAUGACAGAGUAUGGAAACAUACUGACAUUUGCCACAGUGAGAGGAGCUGCUCAUAUGGUGCCUUAUGCGCAGCCAGCAAGAGCUUUCUUUCUUUAUAAACUAUUUGUAAAUGGCAGAAGAUUGCCAAACACAACCUUUCCUCCCAUUGACUGAUGAUAGAUAAAAUCUAAAGAUUUAUAAGAUUUAAAUUUGGUUUGGGACAA